UCUAACGAGAAACUAAACAGCUCUUCUUGUCCGCCAUUAUCUUUUAUCUUUUCUUUCUUGAUCCAAAUCCUAAAUCAAGAUCCAAACAACCGCGUUAGUCUCUAAAUCCCACAGAACCGUCUGAGAAAAUGUCGCAAGAUCAUGGCGAAAGAGAGAAGAAAUCAAACGGAGGGACGAUGAAUGGUCACCGCAAAACGGAAGUUGAAGAGGAUGAGGAUGAUUCGGAGAGCCUCUACUCACUGCUUUGGAUCACGAUCGGUUCGGUACUGUUUCCGGAUCCGAAAACAGGGGAGGCCUCCUCGUCUUCUUCUCUGCUUCAACGAAUAAAAAACUCUUUCUCCGAGAAUGGCCCUAGACUUCGAGAAGCUUCUCGUAAAACUUCACGCGAGAUUCUACAAUGGACUCGUCAAGGCAGCCCGCUCCGUGCACUUCUUGUCAUCACUAUGGGAACAAUAGUGAUUCUUACGACAAUAGCUUUGGUUGUCUUCACGCUCUUCUUAGUAGCCGCGACAGCCAACGCAGUCAUAAUCUCUCUUUUGGUUUCACUUGCUGUUGCUGGUGGCUUCUUGUCUCUCUUCUUUCUCUCCUUGACCGCUACUUACAUCGGAGCCUUAUCCGUUGCUGCGUUCGUCAUCUCUGCUGCUACAGUUUCGGCUGUUGUCUCCGUCUUAUCUGCUUCAGGUUGGGCUGGCUUUUUCUAUCUUGUGUGGUUGGGAGCAAGAGGAAGCCUACGCUUCGCGACGCGUGUGAUGGGAUUAGCCUUUUCAGGUAACAGUUUCAGUCUUCAUCAAGACAAAGAUCGAGAGGGUAGUAAACAUCGAAUCAUCCAGUGAGAAUCUUUCUCUUUAGCUUUUAAAAAAAAUUAUUAUUACAAGUAUCUACAGAGUUUGUAGAUAAACCCCUAGUGUUGGUCAAGCGUGUUGUUGAUGAAAGUUUGUGGAAGUGUUCAUUCACUGAGCAUGUUGUGAAGAAGCAGAGAAGAAGAAUCAUUGUAAUCAUUUGCAUUCGGAUUUUGAAUCACCGAGCUUGUUCAUAUGUUUGUGUUUCAUGUACGU